AUGCUUCGGAAUUUCCAUCUCCACUUAAAACCCACACUUCGUUCUCUCUCUAGAAUGACGCAGGCCGAAAAACCCAUUAUCUUUGCUCCUCCAACGUACCAGUACACCAAGGGCCACUUGAACGAGGAUGAGAUCGACGAGGACCCCAUUGAGCAGUUCCACCAGUGGUUUGACUACGCCAAGGGCAAUGUUCCAGAGGGACUGUCGAUACUCCCCGAAAGCACUGUUUUGUCCACAGCAAGAUUGCCUCUGGGCCGAGUCUCGCUGCGGGUUGUGUUGUUGAAGGAGCUAGACCACCAGGGUUUCGUGGUUUACUCGAACUGGGAGACGCUGAAGAAGUCCAAAGAUUACGAGUCCAACAAGUGGGCGUCACUAACGUUUUUCUGGUCAUACGCUCAGAGACAAGUGCGUGUGGAGGGCAAGAUGGAAAGAGUAUCGAGGGAGCUUUCCCAGCGGUACUACGAUACGAGGCCCCGUGGGUCCAAGAUCGGGGCGUGGGCGUCUCCUCAGUCGCUGGCGAUCCAGAGCAGGCACGAGUUGGAUGUAUAUUACAAAAAAUACGAGGAGCAGUUCAAGGACAAGAAGGAUAACGAGAUUGAGUGUCCGCAGUUCUGGGGCGGCAUGAGAAUUGUUCCUUACGAGAUUGAGUUCUGGCAGGGUGGAGUCAGCCGGCUUCACGAUAGACUCGUAUAUUCGAGAGACUCUCCCGACCAAGAGUGGACCGUUCGUCGUCUUGCUCCAUAG